AUGGUUCUCAAGACUUUUGAAUUGACCCAAAGGCUACAUAUCGUAGCUGAACCAUUGACUCCUGAGUCAUUUGCACCUUAUGGCGGAGUCAUCAGUGCAGAUCAUCAAAUAUCUGGAGUAAAUACUUCACAAGCAAACUAUGGAACUGCAAUCAAACUACACAAGGUUGCACCAGUGGUGAACAACUACAAAAUUGCUCCUAGUGGGAAAGAAGAAACGGCAAAUUGGAACAUUUUUCGUUGCAAGGCACCUACGCAUUUGAUCAAACACGGUGGUUCAAAAUCUGUUUAUUUAUCAAAAGUAUUGGAGAGACACCCAUUCACUACACAAACGUUCUUACCUUUAGGACAAGAUCUCCACAAAAUAUCCUAUUUAGUGAUUGUUGCUGAAACAGACCAAAGUACAAAAGAAAAAUUGCCCAACCCAAAAAAAAUCAGAGCUUUCGUAUGUAAGGGAAACCAAUCUGUGACGUACGGUGCUGGGAUCUGGCAUGCACCAAUGGUUGUCAUUGAUGAAACAAUACCAUAUCUUGAUUUUGCAGUCUUUAUACAUGAAAACAGUGUUGCAGACGAAGACUGUCAAGAAUGCUACUUUGAGCCGGGAAAUAACGUUGAAUAUACUACACUCGGUUCACCAAAACUUUAG